AUGAUGCUUACAUACAAGAAUACCACCUUAUAUACCAAACGAGAUCCGGCAACAUGCCCACUUAUGGUAGGACCGAUGAUGCUGUGCAUGCUUAAAGAUAAAAGUACUUAUCUUACCCUUUUCCAGAAGCUUACUGCUCAAGUGCCCGGUCUUAAAUUGUACCUACAAGGUUAUUCUUCUGAUUCUGAAAGUGCACUAAGACAGGCUCUAGCACAAGAGUUUGAAAAAUCACUUUCUUUUCUUUGCAAGUUACACGCUCAGAAAAACAUUGAAGAAAAAUGCAGGAAGUUGCGUUUUUCGAAAUCUCUAACUGAUAUCAUCAUCAAUGAUAUUUUUGGGAGUGGUGGUUUGGUUAUGGCUGACUCGGUAGAAGAUUACAGAGAUCACCUCGAUACUUUAACUAGCAAAUGGGAUUAUCUGGAGUAUAAAGAUACCAAGAAGACACCUAGUUUUUCGACGUAUUUUCGCCAGUACAAGUCUUCUGAUAUUCUGAAUCACGUCUCAGCAAAAGCAUCAAGAGCUGCGGGCUUUGGGGACAGUGUACAAACUAAUAAUGUUCCAGAAUCGGCCAACGCUUUGCUAAAAAGGUGGCAAGGUUUCAGUUCAAAAGAUAUGAGUACCUUCAUUGAUGAUGUGAAAGAGCUCAUUGAUAAACAGAAAAGUGAUGUGAGAAGAGCAUUCCUUGGUUUAGAGAGUCCGUACGUCGUACGUCCAGAGUACCAGAGAUAUGAGAAGUCGCCAUCUGAAUUUUUCGAGGAUAGCCCUGGUAAGCGUAAAUUCAGUGAGAUAGCUCUGGUCGAUCCAACAAGAUACAAGGAAGUCUAUCAGUACCGACAUGCCCCACCAGUGGCACACAUUCAACGUACAAAUGAUGGCGUACACAAGACAGACGGUGCUGCAAACAACGGCCCGAAAAGAGUGCUUAUACUUGAUGACGAGGACGAGCUUGAAAACGUUGACGUCCAUGCUGGUUCGUCCACUAACAGCCAUUCCCUUUGUUUUGUUGAUGAAGAUAGUGGUAAGUACUGCACAGUCCGACGGUGAUAUAAAGCAUAACAUACAAAACUUAAUAUUAUCAGUGAAGUAAGAUAAUCACAAUGGUGAUCGGCUAAACUGUUAUACUGAAAAAGAAUAUCUUAAAGUGAGAAGGCCUUAAGAAACGAGGUUUCGUCAGUUUCGAAUGAAAUAGUCGGGUGUUUUAGUAUGAAUUAAGAUGCUUUUUAAGCAUUUACAUAUAGUUUAUUAUUAUUUAUUUAUUAUAAUUAUUAUCCGUUAGUACGCUGUUGUAAAUAUUAAUGUUGUUAUGUUUUAUUAUAGCUGAUCCCAGUACUUCCAGAUCUGCGUGCAGUAGCGAAUUUUGUGAUCUGAGAACUAUUUGCAGUAAAGAACUAGGAAGCAUGUUCUCAGCUAAAGAUCUGAAUGCUCUAUCAAGCAAAGCUGAGCAAUUAAUAGAAGAUAAUUCAAUCCGCAAAGGAUUUGAAAGUCAGAGCUUUCUUGUUAGAUCCUCGUCGUCAUGUACUCCUCAUUACGUGAAGCAUUUGGCCAGUGGCAAGUACAUUUGCGACAAAGCUUGUAUUGGUUUCAAUACAAGAAAGAUUUGUUCUCAUGUAAUUUCAGUAGCCCACAGCGAAAAUAAGUUGACAAGUUUUCUUCAAGUCUACAAGAAAGAGAACAAAAAGCAUGGGUUAAAUUUGACCACUGUUACAACAUGUGGUGUGAACAAAAGUGCUGGAAGGAAGCGCCCUGUUUCGAGAGCGAAACGUAAAACAUCCCCAGAUCCAGUUAGCUCUAUGAACAGGAAUGAAACAAAUCAACAACCUGGACCAAAACCAGGGACGGUUGGCGAGCUUUUCCAUUACCAAGCUGAACCAUCAAAUGAUCCCCUUAAAAUUACAAUCAGACGGUCUAGACCAGACAAGCCAGCUGUGGCACUGACAAUGUCUACUCCGUUUCAGCUAAUUGACAUAACGGGCAGGAUAAGGAAGUGUGCAGGCUGCCGAAGAGACCUAAAAGAAGGGCCUGAUGAUUUUUCUCGUCACGACAUGGACAAAAAACUUUGUAUUAGACACAAGGAGCACGAUUUUGUAUUUAUUACUUCUUAUCACCAUUGGAAGAAAACGUUCGAAAACAAACAUCACGUUUUUCUUAACUGCGUUAAAGGCCGCAACCCAGCGUUUGAUAGCUGCAGUGUUCAGAUUGCUCUUAAUCAUACCCUUAGUGGUGACGAAAUCGCUUUUUUGAAAGAGAGAAUGGAAGCAUAG